CCCCCAAAACAUCAAACAAUUAUUCGCGGCUUGGAAAACAAUUUGACCCGUCUGUGGCUCUGUGCAUACUGCGCAGGCAAGCGUUUCAAUCGCUUUUCUUCCCCGAUCGGCUUUUACACCGGCGACUCCUCUUCCUUGACACGGUGGUGAUAUUCUCAACUGUUAGCCUGUUAAGUUCUUAUUAUUGGUCCCUUCCAAAUUGGUGGUGACUAUAACAUGAUUGAGUGGAAAUUUGACAGCCUAUUAUUGAGCUACUAUGGGGACUGAAGGCCCUAAGGAUUCGUUGGACUGGAAAAGCAUUGGUGAAUCAGGUAAUAAGAAUGAGGCUGAUGCUGGACCUGUUGUGAAAAAACGGAUUCCAAAAAAGAUGCGCCACAUUCCAGACUACUAUUUCCUUCCUCGUAGAUCCAUGUUAGCUAACAUUGCAAUUUAUGGGUCCUGCAUUGUUGGUGGGAUUGGAGCUGGGAUGCUGACUGAAAUCUGGAUUAACAAGAAAGUUAAAGAGGAUGGAAAUGGUGUUUUAUGGGAAUUUGACAAAUAAAUGCCUGCCUGCCUGCCUUUGCUUUUGCUUUUGCUGCAUUUUGAAUUCUGAUAGACAAAAGGAGAAGGUAUAAUGGAUAAAAGAGUACGGAGUAUUAGGUUGCCUGAGACAUUCUUUAAGUUAUUCGGGUUUUUACAUAUUCGUGGUUUUCUCAAUAUUUAUUUAUUACCCCUUACAGUUUGUUAAGGUUUGUUUUGAGUAUUGAAAAAGGAAAAAGAAACCUUAUCUGAAUGAGACCUGGAUAGAUCAACUCAAAAGUUAAUUGGGUUAAGUUGUUUUGGAUGCA